AUUCAAUCGGCUCCCCAAGCGAGGUCCGCGCAAACGUCCGGGUCGCAUACGGUUUCGCGGCUCGGCAUCCUAUCGACGAGGAGACGUAGUGCCGUUGUUUGCUCUCGCGCGAAUCGAUCCGGUCGCGAAGUGCGUCGGUCCCGCGUCGAUCUCGCGAUCUCCCGAGCGCCGAACCGACCGCGACAACGAAGGAAAGAAAGAUCGCGGCCGCGAGCAUGGCCGACGGCGAGGAAGCGGCUCGGAAGACGUUCGAUCUGAUCGAUUCCGCGGUCUUCGUGGGAAUGCUGGGAAUUUCCGCGAUCGUCGGCGUCUAUUACGCGUACGAGUCGAGAAAGAACGCGGACGCGGUUCGCGAGUACCUGGUGGGCGGCCAGAACAUGUCCAUUUUCCCUAUAAGCAUGUCUCUGAUAGCCAGUUACAUAUCGGGGAUAUCGAUCCUCGGUCUGCCCGCCGAGAUGUACGUGUUCGGCACGCAAUUCUGGUGCGGGGUGAUCUCGGACUCGUUCGUCUCCCUGACGAUGGCCUUCGUUUAUCUGCCGGUGUUCUACGGUCUCGGGAUCACUUCUUCCUACGAGUAUUUGAAGCUGAGAUUCAACGACGCCGUCCGUCUGAUGGGUUCCGUGAUAUUUCUGAUCAAAAUGCUCCUGUACAUCCCACUGGUGAUAUACGUUCCCGCGCUGGCGUUCAAUCAAGUGACGGGCAUAAAUUUGCACGCGGUCGCCCUGCUGGUCUGUGCAGUUUGCAUAUUUUACACGACCCUGGGCGGCCUGAAAGCUGUCGUAUGGACAGACGCUAUUCAGACCAUCGUGAUAUUCGGAGGUGUGAUCAUCGUUGCGGUUUACGGGACGCACCGAGUAGGCGGGAUCGAUCUCGUCUGGCGGAGAAAUCGCGACACGGAUAGAAUCGAAUUUUUCAACAUGGAUCCGAAUCCGACGACGCGGCACACCUUCUGGUCCGUGGUCGUUGGCAACUAUUUGAACUGGCUGGCGUCCUGUUCGGUGAACCAGGCGAUGGUGCAGCGAUGCUUGGCGAUGCCGAACCUGAAAAUGGCAAACGCAACGAUCGCGAUAAUGGCGAUCGGCAUAAUAAUCAUCGUCUCGUUGUGUUGCUACACCGGCCUGGUCGUGUUUGCAGCGUUUCACGAUUGCGAUCCGGUCAAAACCAAGCAAAUAGGUAAAUCGGAUCAGCUGUUGCCUUUCUACGUAAUGGAAUUGUCCACCUCGAUACCCGGACUGCCGGGCCUGUUCGUCGCCUGCGUGUUCAGCGCAGCCCUCAGCACCAUGUCCACCGGCUUGAACUCCAUGUCCGGAGUGAUAUUCGAGGACAUGAUAAAACCGUGGCUGCGAGGGCCCAUCUCGGACACGGCUGCCAGCCGAACGAUGAAAGCCACGGUGGUCGUGAUCGGUAUCGUUUGCAUGGCUCUGGUGUUUCUCGUCGAGAAACUCGGCGGUCUGAUUCAGGCCGGCAAGAGCUUGUCGAGCAUCACCGCGGGACCGUUGCUCGGAAUGUUCACUCUGGGCAUGUUCUUCCCGUGCGCCAACUCCGCGGGCGCGAUGGUCGGUGGUCUCGCGGGCUUGGCUCUGGUCGCCUGGAUCUCGCUCGGCACCCAAGCGGCCGUUUCCACCGGGGAGAUCGUGUUCCCCGCCAAGCCUGUGUCGAUCGAGGGAUGCCCGGAAUCGAUCAAGAAUCGCGUCGGCAAUCUGACGACGAUCGCCGAUACCGCGAGCAGGGAACAACCGUUUCUCCUCUACAGGAUGUCCUACCUUUGGUACACGUGGGUCGGAUUUCUGAUAGCGAUCUCGAUCGGCUUGCUCGUCUCGUGGAUCACCGGGUCGAACCGAUGCAAACCGGGGGACGAGAAAUUAUACACGCCGGCGGUACGCCCUUUCUUGCGGUCCAAAGCGGCCACGAGCGGCCAACGGGUCCGCGCUUUCGACAAGGUUUCGAUGGAACUCGGGAAGAUCGAAAUGGAUGCGUCGAGGAACCAGUAAGGAAUCCAGCCGUCUUCCGGGAUACGCGGAAUUCGCCGUAGCUUGCCGAUCUGCGGUCAGUCGUGGAAGAUCAACGGACGCAAUAAUAUACGUACACGUGAUAUGAUACAAUAUAAUAUACUAUAGCAUAAUAUAAUACAAUAUAAAUAUACACACA